GUCCCAGCCUCCUAAGUUCCGAGGGCCUGUGGCUUGAGUCCCGAGGGGAGCCGGGCGCCGCUUAGCCGCCAGUAGCCAUGGGUCGAGGCCGGGUGACGGGGCUGAGCGUGCGCGACGUCCGCUUCCCGACCUCCUUGGCCCGCCAUGGCUCCGACGCCAUGAUGCAUUUAUUGCAAGAAAAUGGUGCAGUGUCUACCCCAGACCUUGACUGUAGUGCGCUUUUCCAAGGUUUCUGCAAGCACCCAGAUCCAGACUAUUCUGCAGCCUACGUUGUCAUACACACAGAUGCUCCAGAUGGGCUCAAAGGCUACGGCUUAACAUUUACACUGGGCAAAGGCACAGAAGUUGUUGUCUGUGCAGUCAAUGCACUCUCUGUUCAUGUGGUCAAUAAAGACUUGGAUGAAAUCAUUUGUGAUUUUCGAGGCUUCUACAGGCAACUCACCAGUGAUGGGCAGCUCCGAUGGAUUGGCCCAGAGAAAGGAGCUGUGCAUUUGGCCACAGCUGCCAUUCUUAAUGCUGUCUGGGAUCUGUGGGCCAAACAGGAAGGAAAGCCUCUCUGGAAGCUACUGGUUGACAUGAAUCCCAAACAGUUGGUAUCAUGCAUAGAUUUCAGAUAUAUUACUGAUGCACUAACAGAAGAGGAAGCUUAUACAAUACUUCAGAAUGGUCUAAUGGGGAAAAAAGAAAGAGAAGAACAAAUGUUAAAAUAUGGCUACCCAGCUUAUACCACAUUGUGUGCUUGGCUUGGCUAUCCAGACCAGCAACUUAAACAGCUGUGCACUGAAGCUCUAAAGGAUGGGUGGACCAGGUUCAAAGUCAAAGUUGGAGCAGAUCUCCAAGAUGACAUUCGGAGGUGCAGACUCAUUAGAGAAAUGAUUGGUCCUGAAAAUAUACUGAUGUUGGAUGCUAACCAAAGAUGGGAAGUGGAAGAAGCCAUAGAGUGGGUCACCAAACUAGCUGAAUUCAAACCACUAUGGAUUGAGGAACCGACUUCCCCUGAUGAUAUUCUUGGGCAUGCAACAAUUUCUAAGGCGUUAGCUCCAUUAGGGAUUGGUGUGGCAACUGGAGAACAAUGCCAUAACAGAGUAGUGUUUAAGCAGCUUCUCCAGGCCCAGGCUUUGAGCUAUGUCCAGGUGGAUAGUUGCAGACUGGGAAGUGUCAAUGAAAACUUGUCUGUGUUGCUGAUGGCCAAGAAGUUUGAAAUCCCUGUAUGUCCUCAUGCUGGUGGGGUCGGACUUUGUGAGCUGGUACAACACUUGAUAAUAUUUGACUACAUUUCCAUAUCUGGCAGCCUUGAGAACAGGAUGUGUGAAUAUGUGGAUCAUCUACAUGAACACUUCAAGUAUCCUGUAGUAAUCAAGAAUGCAUCCUAUCUGCCUCCACAGGCACCUGGAUAUUCCUCUGAAAUGAAAGAAGAUUCCAUAAGGAAAUACCAAUUUCCGCAAGGAGACGUCUGGCAGAAACUCCUGUCUGACCCUCAUACAGCUAAUAUAAACUGAAAUGCUGCAUCUUCCGGCUAAAGAUUAGACUCCUAAGCUAUUUUUACUGCUGCAAAUAGUUAGUUUUGCUGAAGAUACCGAAGACAUCCAGUUCAAAUUAAUGCUUUUAGAAAGCUUCCCCUGGCUUGCAUAAAACAAGAAAAUUGCAGUCCCAGUUAUAGAAGCCUUGAUCGGUUUAAGAAAAAGGAAGGCUUUUAAUAGUUAAGUUUAAAGGGUAAAUGACUCACUUUUCCUGGAACUGAUCCAAUAGCUAUGGCCUUAAAUAAUGAAACACUGCACUUCUGAAUGUACCUGAUGAGUUUAGAAAUUUCACAUAAAGUAUGAUUAGAUGUGCUACCAUGAAACAGAGUGUAUUCUGUGGUGAUGUAUAGUAUAAAUUGUAAAGAAUUACCUGUGGAUUACUGUUAGCAUUUAGGUCACUUUGCUAUAAUCUAGAGAAGAUUGUAAAAUCAAAAAAACCUUGGGGAGUUGUCCACUGGCAAAAUAAAGUGGCUUCAAACCGA